CACCUAGACAGCCAAUUUAGGUGGCUGUGCUGAUCGGGAAACGGGGAAGGGGGAGUCAACGAGAUCUAUGUGAAUUCAUUGUUCGGUCGAGCACCCAGGGAUGUUGUCUGGAAGUCCUGGAAGACUGAGCCAAACCGCUCUGCCGACUGGAAUAUUCAUUUCUCCGGAACUGUUUGGUGCACUGGUCCUCCCAGGUUCGAAUGAUAGAGCGUCGAAUUUGGAAUCCUUGCUCUUGACUACACGCCCGAAGAUUGUCCGACUGGAACAAACCAGAAUUCUUGUCCUGUCGCAUAUCAGUUUACAACCCGACUGAUCCGCUACGUUGCAAUUCCUUGAAUGAGAAUUCUGAGAGAGCAUUAGAUUAUGUGGUUAGGAGUCGACUUCUACCGCGAUCUCUGUUCGCUCGAUUCGAUUCAAGCCUGUCGUCGGUACUGAGCAGCUACAGACUGAACUGUAUUGAGCAUGACGUAUAGGCAUUCAAUCUGUUGACUUCCGUUUUGGUAGUUUCAAUUCAGCGACGGCUUGCUGUCAUUGAUUGACCAACCUCGGUUCCUGAAGUAUAAGUUUGAUGUCCUUCUGCACUGAGAAGCUAUCCGCUUUUACAAGCGAAUUGUAAGCGCUCAAUUCGAUCGAGUGUUGAUCUUCUAUGUGUAUUUAACGAUAUGCCUAGAUUUGUUGCUUGAAUACUUAGUACGUGAGUAUGUGCACAUUCUCCUCCUGCAGUCCAAUCAUCCGAAUCCACUUGAACGUUCUUAAUUUCGAUUUGAAGCGAACUUGUCUGCUCAUUCGAGGUACCGAGAGGUAGUCCAGUCAUCCUUCCAAAGUUCGAUAUGCUCUGCAAUGGCUCUGCAGCUGCUUCACUGCUCUUGCUCAACAACUAGUACUUCAGAGUCUUCUAAUUUUGCACGAUAUUGCUCUCAACACAAGUGAAGAGAUAAGAAUGCUCGUUGUAUUCCAGUUUUAUAAUUUUGCUUUCGCAGUGCGAAGCAAGGAUCCUCUAAUUCUAGUGCACCAACUUAAUCCCACAUUUACUGAGCUCUUAGAACUAGGUAUUUCUCGAAAAGAGUGAAUUCGACUGUUAGAAUUUGGAAUUUCGCAUCACCACUAGAUCUUUCAAAUCUUGCUUGAAGCCUCAAUCCGGCUUCGUUUAUGAGAAAGGUAGAUAUGACAGAAACUUCAGCUUCAAGAGCGCCUGUAACCCGCAAAGGGUCCGAGCUUCCAGUUUCUGUCGACACCACGAAAAUGGUGCAAUUCUUGGUGGAGAAGGGACUCACCGAAGUGCCUCCUGAGUUUUUGUUACCGAAAAAUCUCAGGCCAUCGUCAACGCGUAUGAAGAACAUCCCACGCACCUUUCAGAUACCGGUCAUUGACAUGGCCAAACUGAAUCACCCGGACUUCGGAGAGAAUGUUGUCCGAGAAAUAGGCCGUGCGUGCGAGGAAUGGGGUUUCUUCCAGGUAAUCAACCACGGAUUUUCAGCAGAGCUGAUGCAAGGGGCAAUGCAGAUGUGUGGUGAGUUCUUUGCUUUGCCCAUGGAGGAGAAGAAGCUCUAUUCUAUGAAAACAAGCUCUGGCAUUGGGUAUGGACGUCGCAUGGCCGUGAAGGAGGGGGUCAGGGUUGAUUGGGUGGACCGCCUGGGGUUCUGGAGCGCCUCCGAAGAACACCGUAAGCGGCAACCACUUGACGUUAUUUGCCCAGCAGCUUUCAAUGCAACUAUGAGUCAGUAUGGAGACGAGAUUCUGAAGCUCGCGCAUGUGAUUCUCUCUGCUCUUUCGCGCCACGCUGGCCUCGAUGGUAACUAUUUGCUGGAUAGGCUUGGGGAGACGAAUACGGCCGGAGUGCGCACAGGAAUGAACUACUACCCUCCUUGUCCGCAACCUGACCUGGUGAUGGGAAUUGGUCAGCACGCCGACGGGAGUGUGCUAACGAUAGUACAACAGGAUGGCACACCUGGGCUUGAAGUGCUCAAGGACGGGCUGUGGGUGCCAAUCCCCGCCAUUCCCGAGGCUUUUGUCAUCAACGUCGGUGAUCAAAUUCAGAUGAUCAGCAACGAGAGAUACAAGAGCGUGGUGCACCGAGUGGUAGCAGGAAACGGUAGUGGCCGCAAGAGCAUCUCGAACUUCUUUUUGCCGAACUGGGAGACCGUGGUGAGCCCAGCUCCCAGGUUUUGCACCAGGUCGAAUCCGGCGCGAUACCAGCCAGUGAAGUUUUCCGAGUACAUCACUGAGUUCAUGAAGGUCCCUCUCGGAGAAGAGAGGUUUGUGGAUCUUUUCAAGGUUCCUGCGAGGAAUGAGGGAAACCAAUACCUCAUCUCAGCUGAAGGCACGAAGGGAAAGAUCUGUCCCCAAAGAUUUUCUGAUUAGUACCCAUAGCUGGGUAGCAUACAAUUUUGUCAAACUUACUCGUUAGAAUCUCAUUUUCAAUAACAUCCUAAUUCAUCGGGGUGCUCAGAAUGCAGCAGAAUGUCACAAGUAAGAAGAGACUUAGAACUUGUACAUACGGUUCCUGAAGGUAGCUAGUAGGUUAUGAGCUGAGACUUUAGCCGGCUUCAAUCAUGUAAUUCUGCCAUAAAACUUGAGCUGCUCAAUACAUGCAAGAAUACUAAACUAGAUUCUUACCCCCCUUCAGUUUGUA